AUAUAAAUACUCGAUCUAUUAUAUAUGAAUAGAUCUUGUAUGAGCAUGUAUAGAUGUGUCUUUGAGAUAUUGGAGGAACACAAAGGAGAGAAUUGCUUCAGUUAUAUCGUGAUCAACAUGCCGCGUUAGAAUAUAUACUAUUAUAAUGUGUUAUCUAAAAUAUGAGGACACCCAUUCAGUUGGCACAUUGACGUUGUGUGCAUGCACCACAAUUGCAACAUUGACGAUGGAGCUCAAUACCACCACACGUGAUGUCAUGGACGAAGUUGUCGUCCAAGCACAUGAUGAUUAUUCUUUCCUCGCUCAUCGAUCGAUUUUUGUAUAUUGUGUUUUUCUUGGUGGUUCCCUCAUUGCUUGGAAGAUUAAGAAGCAGUUAGCAGUUUCCCUGUUUGAGUACAGAGGUUGAGUUGUGUGCUAUUCCUCUUGCUACGGUAGAGGUGACUUGGGUAUGGUGGUUGCUUGUUGAUUUUGGUGUUUCUGUGUCUAUAUUGACACCCCUUUGUCUAGCAGUAUUGGUUCUAUUAGUACUUCUUGUGAUCCAAUAAUCAUUAUUGGUUCUAUUAGUAUUGGUCGUGAUCCGGUAAAGCAUGAGCUUACUAAACAUAUUAAACAUAUUGGUGUUUAUGCU